AAGUGAGUAUGGUCAAGUCAGGCGAAUGGUCUUUGAGUUUGGCAUCGGGAGGGAAAGCUGUUAGCUUUCCUAAUGCUUCUUCGUGUGCCUCGAUAUUCUCUCAAGAUGGACGGUACAAUAUUGUUUUACUAAAUCGUCAAAUAAGGGUUUACUUUGUAUCUACCCGUCAGUGUAUUAAAACUAUUGAAGUCGACUGUUCCGAGGUAGUUGGGGCUAAGAUAGACAUAAUGAACGGGAACCACCUAUUGUUGUUUAGCAGUCUGGGUAGGAUCACCACGGUUAACUGGAGAGAAAAAGUUGAUGAAGCCAUUAUAUCCAGGGAAGAGAUUAAGACAAACGUAGUGGGGGUUGUUUCCGUGAAGGAGAAGGUAUUCUAUUUGGUUAGUGGGAAGAUGCAGAAGUACUCUCUGCGUACACUUCUUAAAGUGAACAGAAGCAAUCUUGAAGUUGAACAAAUUUUGAAUGUUGAUUCGGUUACCCAUUAUACGAUUUCCAAUGAUUGUGAGAAAAUCUUGUUCAUAAAUACUUUGCACCAGGCUAUUUUAUAUAAUUUGUCGAUUUUAGAUGAUAGCGAAGGCCUGAAUCUUUCAAAUCAAGUUGAAGCAACAAAAGAAGUUAUAUCAUUCAAUGCUAAAUCACAAGUUACUAGUUUAGCGGUUUCAAAUAGUUCAACCAUUGCAAUUGGGUUUCACCUUGGUGCCAUCCAGAUCUUAUACGGGGGAUUAUUAAACUCUAAACCACAUCGAGUCUUUAAAUGGCACAUUGAUCAAGUUAAAAGCUUGGAAUUCACUCCAGAUGGUAAUUACUUAUUAUCGGGGGGUUUGGAAAAAGUACUUGUCUUUUGGCAUUUAGAAACUGAUAAAAACCAAUUUUUACCAAGAUUGAAUGGAAUUAUAGAAAAUAUCACCAUUGACGAAAAUAAAUCAGAUUACUAUACUUUAACUUUAAAAUCUGAUAAUGAAUUCUCAAAUAAUGAUUCAAACCUCGAAAUUUUAAUAAUAUCGGCAAUCGAUUUGGUUUCAAGAUUAUCAAUUAACACUAUCAAACCAAAAUUUAAUAAUCCAAUCCACUCUUCAUUAGCAAAGACUAGAUCAAUUUUUAAUAAAAAUCCAUCAAAUUUCGAUUUAUCAAAAUUAAUCUACGAUUAUUCAUCAUCAUUUGAAAUUCAUCCAAUUACUAACCAUUUAUAUUUCCCAUACGAUUCUUCAAUCCAAUCUUAUGAUCCAAUCAAAAAUGAACAAAAUUUCAUGCAAGACGUUGCUCCCACAUUAAAUACUGGUAAAGUUAGAUCAGAAACUAAAUUGGCUGAACCAGUGGUAUCAUUGUUAUCUUUCACUCAAAAUGGUGAAUGGAUGUGUACCUUUGAUAGUGUUGCUACUAGUGAAGUUGAUAAUUUAUUAUCAAAAGAUGAUACUCAAUAUGCGUUGAAGUUUUGGAAAUUUAUUGAAAAAUCUACGGCAGAAGAUAAACAAGGUCAUUGGGAACUAACUACUAAAAUUCUUGAUCCUCAUGGUAAUUCAUCUCCAAUUGUGUCAAUAAUUCCUGCUCCUUCUUCUUAUCAUCAAGGAACUGCAUUUUUAACUGCUGAUAAUAAAGGAGGUUUAAGAGUUUGGAGACCAAGAAUUCCAAAAGAAAUUUAUAAAAAUUCAAACUCUAAGCAACAACAAACUGCUUGGACUUUAAGAAAAUCAAAACCUUCAGGUGCCAUGGAAAGCGAUUCAGUUGAUUGUGCUUGGUCUGAUGAUGGGUCAAUCAUCAUUUUAGGUCAUGAAUUAUCAAUAAGUUUAAUUUCUUCCACUACUUUUGAAACUAUACCAUAUGACCAAUUUAAAAUUCCAUCUUUAACCGGAUCCAAAAUCAGAUCUUUAAAAUUAAUCGAUAAUAAUUUAAUAAUUUUAUCCAAAACAAGAAUUACAUCUUUUAACUUAUUAACUGGACAAAAAAAUAGCUUGGUUGCCCAAGUAAAUACAACAAUUGGUGGUAGAAAUUUAAUUUCAAUCGAUAGAUCAAAUCAAUUAAUAUGUUUGGGGGUAAAUUAUUAUUCAAAAGAUAACAGUGAUUUGAACAUUAAAUCAAAGAUUUUCAUUUUCAAACCCGAUCAUUUAAAACCGGUUUCUGUGUUAGAUUAUAAUAAAGGUAUUUCAUCAAUUCGUUACUACAAUUCAUCCUUCAUUUUCGUUGAUUUAAAUUCAACCAUUGGAUAUAUAUCGUCAUCUAAACUUAAAUUGGAUAAAUUGGAUGAAUCAUUAUUGAAAAUUGAUGAACCUAUUAAACCUCGUACUCAACCUCAAUCUCAAUCAGCUCCGGUCAAAAUCGAUGAAAGCUCCCAAGUUGUUAAAGCAAUUGAUGUCAAUACAUUCCAACCAGUGUUUGAUAACAUAGAAGGUAUACAAAUAGAUACAUUGUUUGAUCGUAUAGUUAAAAUCGUUAAUUAGUCAAGAGACGAAUAUAUAUAUAUAAAAAAAAAAAAAAAACGACAAGCUUCUAUGUACAGAAAAUUAAGAAAAUUAUUUAGUUCUUUGUAUGGCCAAUAUACUUUCCAUUUUAUUUAAG